GUGAAAUCUGCACUUCCUGGCGCUCUGUGCCUUGCACAGGAUGCCAGGUAUAGAUCAAGCUAUGUCGCCCUGAAAGGCAAGGAAAAAACAAGCUCUGUGUCCCCGGGCUGGUUGGAACAAGCGGAUCGUGUUCCUCGGGCACUGAGGAUGAGCAGGCGGCUCGCUUCCCACCAGGGUUACACUAAGGACAUGGUGACAGACUUUGAUGAGAAACAUGAUGAGUAUUUAAUAUUGCUUCAGCAGAGGAACCGGAUAUUAAAACAUCUGAAAGCCAAGGACCCUGUGCAGCUGCGACUGGAGCACCUGGAGCAGGGCUUCUCCGUCUACGUCAAUGGGGCCAACUCGGAGUUGAGGACGUCGCCUCGGAAAGCCGUGCACGCAGACUUCUCCAGAAGCGCCUCACAGGCCGAGGGGAUGCACGAUUAUGGACAAAGAACCCUGCUUCGGGAAGCGGAAGAAGCCUCAAGAUGCAGCUCCCGGACCACGCCCAGCAAAGGCCAGCGCCGAGGAUGGCACCAGAAAUCGGUGCAGAUCAGAACAGAAGCCGGCUCUCGACUGCAGAUCGAACCUCCUGUGGACUAUUCAGAAGAUUUUGAGCCCUGUGUGGAUGUGCCUGUCAAGGCCGAGGAUGCUUCUGGGGAUCGUGCACAGGAGCUGAGAAAAAGCCCGGAACUUAGCGUAAAUCUACAAAGGAAACAAAAGGAUUGUUCUAGCGAUGAACACGACUCUAUCGAAGAAGACAUCCUCUCUGAGCCCGAGCCUGAGGACCAGGAGCUCCUGGGCCGUCCCAAAGAUGACCCCGCUCUUUUCAGUGGGGACUCGGGGCAGAACAGCUUUCCUGAGGACCGGGAGGUGGAAGGACAGCCUGCCUCGGGCUCAGACGCCCUCAUGGUGCUGGAAUUCAACCAGGCUUCCAAAGGUCAUAAGAUGGAGAGGAGUUUGCCUGCCAAGCGGAAGGACACCACUGAGGUCUUCAUUCCCAGCAAACCUGAGCCCAACCUGAGUUCCCAGCCACCCGCCACGUUCCCAGACCAGGAGAGGGUGUGCUCCAGACCUUGCAGCCGCCGAGAAAGACCCCUGUCAGCUCCCCGCAAACCCGUGUGCACUGCUGAGGACCGAGAGGAAGAAGCCUUGGCCGUGCUCCGAGCCAUCCAGGUGGAGAACGCUGCCCUGCAGAAGGCGAUCCUCGCCAAGAAGGCCGAGCCACCUGCCAGGCCGCUGCAGGGGGCAGAGGGACCACCAGCCAAGCCCUGGACCAGUCUGCUGAAGGCCAAGGAGGAAGCCCCGGAGUUGCUUCCCGCAGGCAUGGUGACCACAGUGGCAGGACUGCCCGGGACGGCAGGGGCCGACCAAGCCACCCACCACACCAUGACCAGAACUGGCCUCUCAGGAAUCAGACAACAGCAGAAGUUUCUGGAAGCACCUCAGGCCAUUAAAGGGGACUCUGCCCACCCCAAAGAGGCUGCAGCCCCAAGCGAGGAGAGAGUGCUGGACACAGAGGAUCCGUGGAGACUGAGAGCAGGAGAGACCGAAGAGGCCGUGUACGUGACCAUGGAAAUCAUGUCCAACUGGGGCAACCCGUCACGGGUGGGUCUCACGGAAGUUGAGUUCUUUGACCUGAACAACGCGAAGCUCCAUGUGUCACCCCAUGAUGUCGAUGUCCGGGACACCGUCGCGCGCGGGGAGCUGUGCUGCCUGGUCAACAGGAACGUAGCUACCAAGAAGGAGCCCUCGGGGUGGACCUGCCCCUUCCGCCCACCGCUGCAGCUCACUUUUGCUGUCCGCAACACAGGACGGCUGCGCGACUUUGGUCUGGCCGCGAUCAAGGUCUGGAAUUACUGGGCCACAGAUGGGGAUCUUGACAUCGGUGCCAAGAAUGUGAAGCUUUAUGUCAACAAAACCCUCAUCUUUGACGGCGUGUUACCCAGAGGAGGCGGGGCGUGCCCGGCGGAUCACACCAUCCCAGUUGACCUGAAGAAGGAGAGCAAGGAGAGAACAGAGAACGGCCUGCGGGCCCCUGGGGACGAAAGCAGAGAUGUCCCCGCGCUGGCUGGCCUGGAUGGGGACGAGGCGCUCAGUCCUAGCUGCUCACAGCCAGCUGAAACUGCAGUGGGUGUGAAGGUUUCUUCCCAAGGAAAUGUGCUAGGCAAAAAGAUGAAUUCUACUAAUUGCACGCAAGACAGUUUGUCCAAGUUAGAGGAGGAUUUAAGAUCACUGACAGACCCAGCCACCGUAGGUGACGCGCCUGGUGCCCUUCCCCCCUCCCCCCUGGGGACACGCCCUCCUCUGGACACGCAGCCCUCUCUGAUCCAGCAGCUUGAAGACCUCACCGGCAGGAAAAUCUCUGAGCCACCGAGGAAGACCCCAUGCUGGUUACAGCCCUCUCCCACAGGGAAGGACAGGAAGCCGGGGGAAAAAAAGCCCAAGCCCCUCUGGCUUGGCCCUGAGAAGCCGCUGGACCGGAAGGGGAGGCUUGAUUCUGAAGAUGCCAUCCUUGGGGGUCCUGGGGAACCUGGGGCCGAGGACAGAAGCCCCUGGCAGGAGCAAGGGCGGAGGACCACCUGGAACGUCAUCGCUGGGGAGAGACCCCAGAGGGUAGCCCCCAAAGUCUGUGAUGAUGACUUAGACUUCUUUAGCCAGCCCCCCCACCGAGAGCGCCCUGCUAGUGGGAGGAGGGCCCUGAGGAAGGAGGCCGUGGGCAGUAGUCACAGUGAUGACCAGCAGGCCAGCAGAGAAGACCCGCAGGCCGCCAGGACGCCCCCGCGAUCCCGCUGUCACACUGAGCAGGAGCACAUGCUGCACGAGUCCUGGGACUCCCUCAGCGCCUUCGACCGCUCCCACCGGGGCCGCAUCUCCCACCUGGAGCCCCAGGGGGACAUCUUGGAUGAGUUCCUGCAGCAACAGAGGAGCAGCCGGCCCAGGGACCAGCCACCACCCUGCAGGGACGAAGAGUCAGAGCCCUCCAAGGGGCAGGGUGACUGCUCGGUGGAGACAGGUGGCGGCAGCGACUUCAAAAUCCCUGAAUUGCCUCACGGACAGCACCUGGUCAUCGACAUCAAGUCUACAUGGGGUGACAGACACUAUGUCGGGCUUAACGGGAUAGAAAUCUUCAGUUCCACGGGGGAGCCGGUGCAAAUCUCAGCCAUUACAGCAGACCCACCUGACAUCAAUGUCCUGCCAGCUUACGGUAAAGACCCCCGGGUGGUCACCAACCUCAUCGACAGGGUGAAUAGGACCCAGGACGACAUGCAUGUCUGGCUGGCCCCCUUCACGCCAGGCCAGCCCCACUCCAUUUCCAUCGACUUCACGCACCCUUGCCAGGUCGCCCUGAUCAGGGUUUGGAAUUACAACAAGUCCAGGAUCCAUUCCUUCCGUGGCGUGAGGGACAUCACAAUGCUCUUGGACGGGCAGUGCAUCUUUGAUGGAGAGAUCGCCAAGGCCUCCGGGACCCUGACAGGAGCCCCAGAGCACUUCGGAGACACCAUCUUGUUCACCACUGAUGACGACAUCCUCGAGGCCAUAUUCUGUUCGGAUGAGACAUUCGGCGCUGGCGUGGAGAGCCUAUGCGACCUGCAGCCGGAGGAGCCGCUGCAGAGGCCUAGCACGGCCGACAGCGACAGCCAGGAACGGCCUUUCACCCAGGCCGGCUUGAGCACUGACGCCCGGGCCCCAGGGCUAGAGCUACCGCCAAGCGGCCCUGUCCCCGAAGUCACCACACCGGAACCAGGCAUCUACCACGGCAUCUGCCUCCGGCUGAACUUCACAGCCUCCUGGGGGGACCCGCACUACCUGGGCCUCACCGGCCUGGAAGUGGUGGGCAGGGAUGGCCAGGCCCUGCCCAUCCACCUGCACCAGAUCUCUGCCUCCCCGAGAGACCUGAAUGACCUAGCUGAGUAUACAGACGACUCCCGGACCCUGGACAAGUUGAUUGACGGAGUCAACGUCACCACGGAGGACGAGCACAUGUGGCUGAUCCCCUUCUGGUCGGGGCUGGACCACGUGGUCACGAUCCGCUUCGACAGAGCCGAAAGCCUGGCCGGCCUGCGCUUCUGGAACUACAAUAAAUCUCCUGAGGACACCUACCGGGGGGCCAAGAUUGUGCACGUGUCCCUGGACGGCCUGCGUGUCUCUCCCGCAGAAGGCUUUCUCAUCCGGAAGGGCCCCGGCAACUGCCACUUUGAUUUUGCUCAAGAAAUCCUCUUCGUGGACUACCUGCAGGCCGGGCCGCCAGCCCUGCCGGCCAGGAGGCUGGACACGAGAAGCCUGGAGCGCGCAAGCAUGGACUACGAGGCCCCGCCCAUGCCGUGCGGCUUCAUUUUCCAGUUCCAGCUCCUGACCAGCUGGGGCGACCCCUACUACAUCGGCCUCACAGGGCUGGAGCUGUACGAUGAGCACGGAGAGAAGAUCCCCCUGUCGGAGAACAAUAUCGCGGCCUUCCCCGACAGCGUGAACGCGCUGGACGGCGUGAGCGGGGACGUGCGCACCCCCGACAAGCUCAUCGACCGGGUGAACGACACCAGCGAUGGCAGGCACAUGUGGCUGGCACCCAUCCUGCCGGGCCUGGUGAAUCGGGUCUAUGUGAUUUUCGAUCUGCCCACGACCGUGUCAAUGAUCAAACUGUGGAAUUACGCGAAAACGCCCCAUCGAGGGGUGAAGGAGUUUGGCCUUCUGGUGGACGACUUGCUCGUGUACAAUGGGAUCCUAGCCAUGGUGACACACCUGGCAGGGGGCAUCCUGCCCACAUGCGAGCCCACAGUGCCCUACCAUACCAUCCUCUUCACCGAGGACACGGACAUUUGUCAUCAGGAGAAACAUACGGCCAUCAGUAAGCAGGUAGAGGACCAGGAUGUCCAGAUGAUGAAUGAAAACCAGAUCAUCACCAACUCGAAGAGGAAACCGAGUGCCGCAGAUCCAGCCUUGCGCCCCAAAACCUGCAUAAGUGAGAAGGAGGCGUCCAGGCGAUGGCGGUGCUGAUGGCGGAGGAGAGCUGGUCCCCCAGCGGGUGGCUAAGACAGGAGUGCAAGAGAAUCGCAGAGUGGAGGGACCAGGGGACUUGAGAGACCGGGGGACAACAGCCCUGGCUCCCACAGGGUCAGACGGGAGGGGACAGGGCUGCGUUGCAGGGUGGGGUGAGGCAGUGCCCGUCCUCAGAGCCCUCAGGGGAGCUGGCCCCUAGGGCGUCUGUCCUCUUGCCAAGCCUGGGACAGGAUCAGCCAGCGCUGUGUCCUGCGGGAGGGAGGGAAGGGAGAGACACAGGCCCAGGAGGGGGAGGACGACCGCCCCCGUCACCCGGAACUUGGUCGGAGCAAGGCCACGCCCCCGUCUGGUCGGGCUUUCUCGCUGUCCCUCUGGGAGGGCCACCUCGCCCCCUCCCCAGCCGCUUCCCAGUGAAUUGGAAAUGUGCCUUGCACCCCCGGCCGAGCGGCCCCGAGCACAUCUAUUUCCAUCUCUGUAACAAGCUCAGAUCAGGGACCUAAUUGGUUUCCCAGUGGUGGGUAAUUUCUCGUUCCAAAUAUUAAUCCGUUGUUUUCCUGGCGCCUGGCCCGGCCGGCGCAGUACUGUACUCCGAGCGCGUUCCUAUGCAACCAGUGCCCAGCACAUACUUUACGAGCUCUGCAGCUGGGCUGAGCCGCUAUGCAAAUGUGCUUUUCAUUUGGAGCGCCGGGCUGAUGUGAGGAUAAGAAUUGCUUCUCGCGGAGAAGAUCCAUCAUCUCUGUAGCUUCCAGGCCCCCACCCCAGCUCCUCCACUCUCUCUGUACCCACGUGUGCCAGGCACCCCGGGCCUCUGGGCUCCCGGGAGAGCCGCCGCCUGGGGGAGUUGGGCUGAUCAAACUCGUUCUUAGGACCAGAACUAGUGCCCUGGCUUCAAAGGGAGCCCCAGCCAGCCGUCCAUCCUGCCUGAGGCCAGGGUAGCAGAUUUGUCCGGCAGCCCCGGCAAACACUGCACACGCUGCCCCCAGAACGCCGGUUGACGUUUAUAAUAAUUGUACGUACCAUGCAAUUUAGGAGGGAAGAAAGAAGCUGUACAGGCAUUAACUCUAAAAUAAAUUUCUAUUUUUUUUCUUCUUGCAAAAUCAAUAAAAGAUGUUAUUGAGAAUAGAA